AGAAGCCCCCAAGCAAGUCAGAUUCAGGAGUCAGGACACUAUUGGUGGUGCGUCUGUGACGCCAUCUACACCUCCUGGUUUUGUGGUGAAUGCAUGGAUAAGAGGCGAGCUGGACUGGGCUGUCUUUUAGACUAUCUCGAACUCUGCUAGGAUUAGUUUGGGUCUGGAGUCUGAAGGAAACGCGUCGUUAUCGGGAGCGCGAGUCCUCCAAUAGUCGCAGCACAGCAGCGGGCGCGGAACGCUCAGCGACUGACCACACGCUGUUUGUCUUUAUUUUACAUCUUUGGCAACGACAGAGCAAAAGAAACUGAGGACUUCUGCCUCAGUAGAUAUCUGAUAUGGCGGGUUCAAGCACGCUCAGUGUGUUUGUGGGAAUUGUUCUAGUUUUACACGCUUUGGGAAGUGUUUUCCAGAUCACCACAGGAGAAUUAACGGCGGAAGGAGCUGGUUAUUCAAUUCUUCGGGGAUGGACACAGGAUGAUGAUGUCACUGUGGAGCUGUUGAGGAGGAAACGCUGGCUUCUCCAGGAGCCCCUCCCAAAGGAAAGUAACAAAGCCAGUCAAGACAGUUCGAAGCCUCAGGAUUCUCUGGAUUCACCUGGUAUACUGGCUGAUGACGAUGCAGAGAACAGCUCCCAAAUAAUGGAGGACACAGAUCAUAACUACUACACCUCAAAGACUUAUGGCUCCAUUGACCCUAUGAGCAAAGAAUUAUGGGUAAAUAUCAAUCAGAUGGACAAGGAGAAGGUAAAGAUUCAUGGCAUCCUGUCCAAUACGCACCGACAAGCAGCGCGGGUCAAUCUCUCCUUUGAUUUCCCAUUUUAUGGGCAUUUGCUGCGAGAGGUCACUGUUGCAACCGGCGGGUUCAUCUACACAGGAGAUGUGGUUCACCGAAUGUUGACAGCAACACAAUUUAUCGCUCCACUUAUGGCAAACUUUGACCCCAGUCUCUCCAGAAACUCCACUGUCAUCUAUUUUGACAAUGGAACUGCUCUAGUUGUCCAGUGGGAUCACGUCCAUCUUCAGGAUUCUUAUAAUCAAGGAAGUUUCACCUUCCAGGCCACAUUACACAGCGAUGGACGAAUUGUCUUUGCUUACAAAGAGGUCCCGGUGCAGAUUGCAAAGAUCAGCUCUGUCAAUCAUCCGGUGAAGGUUGGCCUGUCUGAUGCCUUUGUGGUGGUCCAUAAGAUUCAGCAGAUCCCCAAUGUGCGGAGGAAGACUAUAUAUGAGUAUCACAGAGUGGAACUGUUAAAAACCAAAAUUACAAGCAGUACAGCUGUAGAAAUGAUGCCUCUACCCACAUGUCUUCAGUUCACAAGCUGCACUUCUUGCAUAACUUCACAGAUUAACUUCAACUGCAGCUGGUGUCACCGGCUCAAUAGAUGUUCCAGUGGAUUUGAUCGCCAUCGGCAGGACUGGGUUGAUAACAAUUGCCCAGAUGAGACUAAGGAUAACACCUGUGACAUCAUCAGUACUACCAAUCUCAGUCUGCUGACCACUGCAUCAGUUGCUAAGAAGACCACAGGAAACAGAGGAACUACCGAGGCUCAGUCUACCCAGACUCCAUCACACAUGCCCACCAGCAUACCAACAGAAGAUGACACCAAGAUUGCGCUACAUCUCAAAGACAAUGGAGCAGCUGCAGCUAAAAGCACAGCAGAGAACACUACUCACCCGCUGCACAUGGGGCUGAUUCUUGGGAUGCUCCUGCUUCUGCUCGUGAUGGUGGCCGUCGUCCUGGUGACCGUCUACAUCUACCACCACCCGAGCUCUGCCGCGGGACUCUUCUUCAUUGAGAGACGUCCCAGCCGAUGGCCAGCGAUGAAAUUCCGCCGAGGUUCUGGUCAUCCAGCAUACGCAGAGGUAGAGCCUGUGGGUCAAGAAAAAGAAGGCUUUAUUGAAUCAGAGCAGUGCUGAGAUGCGACCUUUGACUUCUCGAGUCACACACAGCCCCAGCAGCCUUCUUGAUGUCUAGCUACAAAUCCACACAUCUCUAAUCAUAAAGUUCCACCAACCCUCCGAAACACUGAUGAAACUGGAAACAGUGAGGGUGUGGUGACUGAACGGAAGAGGCAUCCAGAAACAAAGGCUUGGAUCUAGCUUUCAACACUCAAAGCAAAACAAUCCACAUUCAGAGGAAACGUUUGGUAGUCAGCUGGAUGGAGAACGGCCCAGCAGCUUCUGCUCGGCUCCUGACGUGGUGCGGGGAACAACUCUUGUUUGUUGAUUGUACAGGAUGAGGUUUUGACCUUUCACCCUCAAAAUCAUCUUUGAACUGAAUGUAGCUUUGUUUGAUCCUCUGAUUUGAUGUGCCUCUUGGAGAGAGUUUUCUUGUCUUUCAGUCUUUGAAAUGCACAUUCGUUCAGUUUAUGUGUUGGAAAUCUUAUAUAGACCUUUAUAUAUCUUCAAAAGGGUUUUGUAGGGUUUUUAUGUUGUUUUUCCUAUUCCUUUAUGACUUCAUCUCUUUGAUUUGAACAGAUGUUUUGGACUAUGUUGGGUGAUUUUAGCUUGUUUGAACAUAAUUGGAAAAUGUUCUGUGAACAGAUAUGUCAACAGUAUGAAUUCACUUUUUUUCAUCCAACCAUAUUCCAACAUUUUAGGACAUUUUUGCACAUAUCCACUUAAUGCACAUAUAUUGCUUUUUUUCCCAAGUUGAUUUUUUUUUUCAUCUUAUGUUGCUAAUGCAUAUUUACAAGACUUGUGAGACUGUCUGUGUGUGUGUGUGUGUGUGUGUGUGUCUUUGUUUAGAUUUUUUGUUGUUUUGUUGUAAUAUUAUGGUACACAAUGAUCCCUUAAACAUGCCAUAGUUGAAAUCAAGGAUUCAUCCUGAUUUCAACGUAAAGACAAGACAAGCGUCGUCUACUGACAGCUGUCAGUCCUUAAUCAGACAGAGAUAUUCUUUUAUUUUAUAAUAUUUGAUAUAGUGAUAUAGUAGAGCCCUCAUACUGCUGUCAGGUCAUCUGAGUUUGAUAGAUUACAAGCAGUGGAACUGAGAACUGCAAAAAUGAAUUCAUUUUGACUUCAAGAAUGUGAUUUAUUUCUCUACAGAAAGAGUAACACAGCAUAUUACAACCUUAUGAUAAACAAUCAGUGUGUUCUAAAUAAUAUUUUCCAUCGUAUUCGCUAAUAAUGGAUUUUGAGUUGGAAGGUUUACAAUAUUUAUCCUUAUAAAAUGCAAAUAGUUGUGGCACAUAUUACUUUCUCCUGAAAAUACAUUUUGAGUAUUGUGACCAAAGAACUGUCAUCUCACACACACACACAAACACAAAUAUAUAUAUACACACAUAUACAGUAUAUAACAAGUGUAAAACAUUUCUUUAAUACUGUACAACCAGACGAAAUGGACAAUGGUAGAUAUUUGUGUUUUCUGUUUGAUUAUUUCAGCAAACCUAUGCAUUGGGACAGUUCCUGAGAGUUUCUUUUCUGGUUUCUUUUUUCAUUCUUUCUUUUUUUUAUGUCUGUUAGGUGUUUAAGCAUGCAUGCAAGAGAGAUACAUUUGUCUCCAAUUUUAUCCUCAUAACAGGGUGUCUCACCAAAAAUCAAGGUCUAAAUUCUAUUUUGAUUAUCUUUCUUCACUGGAAGACCUGUUUAUUUUCAGCAGAUGUGUAUGUAUGUGUGUGUGACAUUGAAUCUCUGAAUCUGUAUGAGUGCACACUGAUGUAAGAUGAAAGUGGAUGUUUAUUGUGUGAAAUAUUCUCGAACAAUGUUUGUUGAAUGAGGUUAAUUUCCUGUUCAGCAGCGAUGCCGGGUCUCAUAAUUUGGGGAAACAAACAUAUUAGCGACUGAAUUUUUGAUAAUCAUAAUCUUCAUGUUGUGCCACACAUUGAGAGACAGUGAAAUACACAAUGCUGUAAUCUGUGUACUCUUGUGUUACUACUGUCAAUUUGAUUACAUUAUACAGUUUGAUUAAAUAAUAAAGUUGUUUAAACUGACAA